AUGGAUCCCGAGCCGAACCGCGUCGCUGGAGAACGCACGCCCUUGUUCGCCGACGAGCAGUCAUCCAGAGACUAUAGCGACGUCAUUCUGCGUCAGCAGCGACCGCUUGCCUACACACUUUUUUUCGACCCCAACUACACGCCGGGCAAGGAUAGUGACACCUUGGUCGUCAGAAGCCUAGCUCACGUUUGCCAUGUCACCAAGGUGACACUUUACAGCGACUAUGUGAACUUCCUCCUGGUCAUGGUGCCCAUAGGCAUCGUCGCCGGAGCCGUGGGCUGGAGUCCGGCCACCGUCUUCACGCUCAACUUCUUUGCCAUCAUCCCUCUCGCCGCUGUCCUAUCCUUUGCCACAGAACAAAUUGCGAUGAAGCUCGGAGAAUCUAUGGGGGGGCUUUUGAACGCCACUUUUGGUAAUGCCGUGGAGCUAAUUGUCAGCAUCGUUGCCCUCAAAGAUGGCCAAAUCGAAGUAGUCCAGUCCUCUAUGCUUGGCUCUAUUCUAUCCAAUCUUCUCCUCGUCAUGGGCAUGUGCUUCUUCCUUGGUGGCCUUUGCCAUCGCGGCCGGACUGGGAGCGGCACGGAGCAAGGGUUUUCUGCUGCCGUUGCUCAAACCACAUGUUCCCUGAUGACGCUGUCGUCUGCUUCCUUGGUCAUUCCAGCGGCUGUCGCCCUCAUCCUGUCUCGGGCAACGGCAAUCAUCCUUCUUGUCCUCUAUAUUCUGUAUCUCAUUUUUCAGCUCCGGACGCAUAGCAACCUCUUUGACGCUGAGGGCCAGAACGCGGCAGAGCUCGAAGCGGAGGAGCAACCACGACUUGGUGCCAUCUCCGCCGCAGCUGUCCUCGUUGUUGUCACCGUUCUCGUGUCCAUCUGUGCCGAGUACCUGGUUGGAAGCAUCGACGACCUGGUCGACAGCGCAAACAUUAGCAAGGCCUUCAUUGGGUUGAUUCUGAUACCGAUUGUGGGGAAUGCCGCUGAGCAUGUCACCGCGGUGGUCGUCGCCCUGCGCAACAAAAUGGACUUGGCCAUGGGCGUUGCCAUGGGUUCCUCUAUUUAG